AAUUCGCCUACUAUAGCACUACUAGAUGUGUUAAUUUGGAAUUAUUUUUCAAAAAGAAAUGUAUCCGGACGGGCUAACUGAAAAUGAGAAGCUCAAAGUGAAGGAGCUGUGCACUAUGGUCAAUAUAUCCGAUGAGGAUGCGAUUAAAUUGUUAAAAGAAAACGACUGGGACAUUGCAAUUUCAUCGCGAAGAGUGUCGAAACAAGAGGAUAAAACAUUGGUUCCGGGCACUUCGAGAGAAGAAAUCGAUUUGGAUCGAUUAUCGAGUCGUCUACGUGUUCACGGAUUAGCCUUCUAUCUUCCAGAUUUUGGAGGUUUUCCUAAUGAAUUUCGAACGUUUUUGGAGAAGGAUUUGAUAGAGACGCAGACACAGAAGAGACUGGAGGCGUCCAGACACCUAAACUGGUGGCAUCAAUUCGGCCAAAAACUCUACCCGCUAUCAACUACUGGAGACGGAAAUUGCCUUCUUCACGCCGCAUCGUUAGGUAUGUGGGGAGUACAUGAUCGUCAGCUAUCACUUCGUGAAACUCUCUACGAACUUCUUACAAAUGGCGCCAGAAAAGAAGCAAUCCGACGGCGAUGGAAAUGGGUUGAGAAUCAUAUGAAUCAGAGUAACGGUCUCGCAUUGACCCUGUCGGAAAAUGAAUGGGAACUCGAAUGGGAUGUUGUACUCGGAUUAUCAUCUCCAUUACCCCGUAAACAAGAGGAUAAUGGCUCAAAUUCCACAGAUCAAAUCUACGAGAGUCUUGAGGCAAUCCACGUGUUCGCGUUGGCUCAUGUGCUCAAAAGACCAGUUGUGGUUGUAUCGGAUACGAUUCUGCGAAACGCGAAAGGCGAAGAACUGUCUCCAGUGGCUUUUGGUGGAAUAUAUCUUCCAUUAGAAUGCCCACCAUCACAAUGUCAUCGUUCACCACUUGUUUUAUGCUAUGAUUCUGCUCAUUUCUCACCACUUGUACUCAUGAGAACAGAGACUAACAAUAAACAAAUAAUUCCGAUAAUCGAUGUGAACCGUAACCUGCUGCCUGUCCAUUUUGCAGUUGAUCCAGGAGAGUCAUUCGAUUGGUCCAAAUUAGAAACAAAUAGUAAUACACAGACAACUACUGAUAUGUCACAAAUUGAUAAGCUUGCGUUGAUUAGUCAAUAUAUGGAUAUUAUUAGAUUAGACGUUCGUCGUGGCUCAAUCCGUAGCUCGCGGAGAGUUCGAAGUGCUCACGCGCAACUUCUCACCGAAUCUCGUGGUGAAAAUGGGCAAAAUUUGCCCCAAAAAUCAAUUAAACCAAGAGAUUUAAGUGCACAUUCUAGUGAUGAACAACCAUCAAAUAAUGCAAAAGGAAUGACAUUAGCAUCAAGUGGAAUUGGUUCUGGAAGACAUGAGAAAUGGAGAUUAAUCAAUGAAAUUCGAACCCACGUGCUUCGAACUUUUCGUAUUUCCUCAUCAACACGUGGCAAAGAGAAACUAAUCGAUACGGACGAUUGUAUUGCAAGAAUGAAUUCGACGUGCGUUCUCGCAUCGGAAUUAUUGCCAACUCAUCACCAAUACAUGGACAAAAUAAUCAAUGAAUACAUGAAAAGUGCGAAACAACGAUUCCAACAGAAUCAGCGAACACAAUCGGAUAGUCGGAAACGGAUUAGUCGAAGUUUCAGUGCAAGCUCACUUAUGCUCACGUGUAUCGGUUGUGAUUCGGAAUUCAAGCCGGCAUCUCAAGUGACAAAUAUCAUGUGUGAUCAAUGUUUUGCUUGGCAAAAAAUGAGUGUUCUCACGUCGAAUUGCGACCAAUUUAUGGGAAAUUCUGGGCCACCGUGCAAAAGUUCAACACUUCCGUCAUUUGGUAGUAAUGAUAGUAAUCAGAAUGAUAAGGAAAAUAUUGUGGAGGUACUUAAUGUGGUGCCUAAAGAUGGAGCCAAGACACUUACCAGUAUGCGAGCUGUGGAGGACGAAAACGGUGUGGUUCACUAUUAUAUGGACGAUGAAGUAGCGGAUUCGUGAUUCUAUUAUACUCAUUUCUUUUUUUGAAAAUAUAUUUACUAGAGACCAGUUUUCAUUUGAUUUUUAUCGAUUUUUUUUGGAUUCCAAAUUUUUGUUUUUUUUUUGUUGCUUUUUGUGUGUUUUUUGCCGUCUAUCCUUCUUUCCUGCCAACGGGAUUUUCUCUUCUUUUUUUUUUUUGAAAAACUCAAUUUUCCCGCCUAGUAUUGCUUUUUUCGAGAUUUUUUCUUCCAUUUUUCAUAUCCGCGCCAGCUUUUUCUCUCCCCUCCUUUUUUCACCCAUAUUUUCGAGCUUUUUUCUGUGAUUUUUUUUUCACCCCCAAAAUUUUUUGUACCAAAAAAUUGAUGCUUCUUUUUUUUCUCUUUAUUUCCAACAAAAUGCUUGGCCAAAGAAAUAAACUCUUUUAUAAUU